AUGAGUGAUCUGGAUAACGCUGAUACAACGCUGCCUUGGUCUUCAUCUCGCUCCACGUCCGAUCAUCCAACAGUGGAAGCACCUCACAGUCAUCUGGAAGCUGCACCACCAAAUGUUCCAGGUCCAGCAAAUGGACAAGUGCGCAAGUACCGCGGCUCACAUCGAUCGUUCACACGGCCUUAUUCCGCAAAGACUGUUUUCUUUUACAAAGAAGGCGAUGUGUAUUUCACGGGUCUUCGAGUACCGGUAUCGAAGGCUCGUUAUCGUACCAUUGAAUCGCUGCUUGACGACUUGAAUAGCAAUAUUUCAAUGCCAUUUGGCGUACGCCGUUUAACGACCCCACGUGGCAAAACAGCCAUUAAAAGUAUUGAUGAACUGCAACAUUUCGGGCGGUUAGUUACUGUUUUUGUGCAAGUAAAAAUCUUAUUGUAA